UGGAUUUUCAUUCAGAGUCCGAGUAGCCCCCAAACAUUCUCCUUACGGCGCAUCAAAACCUCUUUUUACGUCACUUUUGUUACAUUUACAACAAAUAGCUGUUUUUUUGUAGCUUGCGACGCUUUAGACAGUUUUUACACGACGCAAAACACAGGUAGACAAAAUGAGUAAAAACACCAAAGUGUGGAGUUUGAAAGAUAAAAUAAGCGAUAACGAGAUGGAUUUGAGUCUGUGUAACCUCUCCGAGGUGCCCGUCAAGGAGCUGGCUUUAUUCACCAAAGCGACUAUUUUGGACUUGUCCUGCAACAACAUCACCUCUCUGCCGCCCGAGUUCUGCAACCUGACCCACUUGGUGAAGCUGGACCUGAGCAAAAACCAGCUGACCUGUUUGCCGGACGACCUAGGGAACCUAGCUGGUCUGCAGCACUUGGACUUGUACAACAACAAGCUGAGCAGCCUGCCCGUCAGCUUCUCUCAGCUGCGGAGUCUGAAGUGGUUAGACCUCAAGGACAAUCCCCUGGAUGAAGGCCUGGCCAAAGCGGCGGGAGAUUGUCUGGACGAGAAGCAGUGCAAACUGUGUGCCACCAUGGUUCUCAAGCAUAUGCUGAUGCUUCAGGAUGAGGCCGACCGUGCGCGAGAAAAGCGACUUUUGAGGGAAAAAGAGCUGGAAAAGAAGCGAGAGGCCAAGAAGCGGGAACGCGAGGCCCGAGAGAAGGAGGCACGUAAGCGGGAGAAGGCAGAGGAGAAGGAGAAGCGGCGGAAGGAGUACAACGCCCAGAUGGCCGCCGCCGCCGCCGCCGCCCAGGAACAGCCGAAGAAGAGGACCGAGGAGAGGAAGACCAAGAAGAAGAAUGGACAGGUCUCAGAGAAGAAGACCAUGGUGGCGAGGGCGGCAUCUAAGCCUCGCCGCUCACUGCUCGGCGUGGUCUUCAAACUCUUCCUGCUACUGCAGCUCGGCGUGGCCGUUGCCGUCGUCGCCUGCCGGAUGACGGAGCUACGGCGGGAGGGCGUGUGCGUGCCGCUGGACGCUGUCCUGGACCGGGGCCUGGCUUGGGCCCGCGAGCAAGAGGGCGAGGUCCGCCGGCUGCUAAGUGACCUUUCCUCUGCCGUCAAGGACUUCCUGGAAUCAAUGCAGACGUCCAAAAGCUAAAGCUGGGAUUUUAAAGAUAAUCUUCUCAUUAAGAUGGCUGCCGCUGCUUCUCAUUCAUGCAGAAAGACAAAAGGGGGGAGGGGCACACGUGUGAAAAUUCCUAUGGAAUUGUCGCCGCUCUUUGUACAACCGCCUCUUUUUAAAAAAACAUCUUUGUCUUCUCGCGCCACUUUGCGGCGUUCCUCUCGCCGUUAAAUAAAUGCGCUGACUCCACGCUUCUGUCAAACGAGAUCACAUGGGAGGGUCCGUGGCAGCCCGUGACGCGGCUUCCCGUCUUCCGCCGCGGGCCGCCUGGUAGUCCUGCUCUGUCACGUGGCCCGCGUGCUGCAACAGCCUCCGACGAAGCGACACGUCCACCGCAGUCUCCAAGGUGACCUCCUUGAACACCCGACACACAGACACCUGCGAAAUCGUCACUAAUAUUUAUGUUCAACAACAGCGUUUCCCAUCUCCCAUGAAUAGCUCAAAUCUGCAAGGAAUUGACAGUCCCAAAAAAGGUUUACAAUUGCCAAUAAAUGGCGCCAAAGUACUACUUUCUAUUUGACAAGAAUUAUGGCCAAACUAGCUCUUGCAUUCACUUCAACAUAGUUUUUGGCACUACAAUGGCUCCAAAGCAAUGUUUUUGUAUUCGACAAUACUUUGGCCUGACCACAAAAAUACGACUAUUCGAAACAUUGACAUUUCGAAUGAAUUUUUUUCCCCUCGUAAGAAUGACAAUUUUCCAACAUUUUGUUUGUCUCAUAGUAUGACUUAUUUUCUGAAAAACAAAAAAAACAUCCAUCCUAAAAUAAUUUUUUUUUUAAAGACAUUUUAGAAAAAAAUGCUAUUUCAGUAAAAAUUACAACUAUAAAGUUAUGACUUUUUUUCUUUGGAAAAAAAUAGGACUAGUCUAAA